AUUAUGGAUGAUUCAUUUAUUGUUUUAUUGUUUUUUUGUCAUUUAAAAACAACAAUGUCGGAUGAUGAUGCAGCAUUUAAGAUCUGUAUCCAUUAUGCUGGACAUGUUAGAAGAGAUGUUUCACGUUAUGUUGGAGGUGAAACUUGUGAUUUAGGAGUUAAUGACAUUGACAAGCUAUGCUAUUUUGAUAUCAUCGAUAAACUAAAUGAGAUCGGGAUUCAGUUAGUAAAGGCAUUGUAUUACAAAGUUCCUGACCUGCCUUUUGCUAGUGGUUUACUGCCUUUAAAUGGUGAUGUAGAGAUAAUUGAGGUUGCAAAAAUAUUAAUGGAGUUAGGAAUUUGCCAUGUAUAUGUAGAGCAUGACAGCUCUAACAUGCAAGGAGAAAUUGGAGUACAAACUUCAGUAAGGCCUUUUUUUUAUGACGUAAAUAUUGAUGCUGGUGAAGGGUCAAGUAGAACGCAUCCUAGGCAUGGCAAAAUGGUUUUAUUUCAGCAUGACAUGCUAGGAAGUGACGUGGAUGAUGAUGAGCUGAUGGCUGGUAUUGAGAAAAUGAAUCAAAGAUAUGUUGAUUUUGAGACUUCCAAUUUUGCAGCAAGUAAAGCAAUUGAAAAAGGCAAACAAAAAGUGAUAGACGUGUCUAAAGGAAAGAAGAACUUGAAUCCAUUUUCAAAUUCCACUGAUGCAAACCAGGCUUCAAAAGGGAUUGUGAUAAGAGAUGUUGAAGGUGAAGGCCCUAGAUUUGUUGCAAAUUCUAAUUUGGAGAAUAGUGAUUCUGACUUUAGUGACAGGGACAGUGAAUAUGUUGAUAGUAGUGAUCCUGGUAGCUACUAUAGUGAUAGCUCGAUUGAGGACUUGGACUCAUUUGUGAAAGAUGAUGCACUGAGAACUGCAAGUAGUCACCUUCAUUAUGAUCCCAACUGUGAAAUUCCACACUUUGAAGUUGGAAUGCUUGCUAAGCAUGUGAAGUCUGAAAUGGAAGUUGAUGUUUCUAUAUACAAGUGUCAAAGGGCUAAGAAAAUUAUUAAAGAUGAGCUACAUGGGAGUUACAUUGAACAGUAUAAGCUGUUGAGAGGUUAUGGUGAGCAUAUGCUAUCUACAAAUCCUGGGUCUGCAUGUGUUAUUGACUUUGUUGCUGAUUGGUACAAGAAAGAGAAGUAUGCCUUAGCUUAUGGCUUCCCUAUAAAGGGAAUGUGUGGGGAUAAGUCAUGGCAAAAAUUUCAUGGUGAGCCUUUGAAUCCACCCCCAGUUAGAAAAAGGCCUGGAAGGCCAAAGAAAAAUAGGAGAAAGUCCAAAGAUGAGCCCAAAAAAGUGUCUAAGGCAGUUAUACUCUCAAGGAAAGGAAGAGUCAUGACUUGCUCUAAUUGCAAGCAAGGAAGACAUAACAAAUUAUCUUGUCCCUUCAAAUUGAAUGAUCAAAUGCCUCCAGCUAUUGCAUCAACAAAUGGGUCAAAAAGAAGGCCAUCUGCAGCUUAUCAUCGAAAACCUAAAGCUGUUAAGACUAAUGCGAAUGUCAAUCCUUCACAAGCAUCAAAUGCCCCAUCUUGCCUAACAUCACUAGCUGAAAACACUAUUGUUUCACGUGAGCAGCCACAAUCUUCAUUUGCAAAUAAGAAAGGAAAAGAAAAGAUUGGACUGCAUACAAAUGUGACAGUUAGAGAAGCUGUAAAUGAGCAAAUUCCACAAAGCAGUGGUGGAGGCCCAACUGCUUCAACUGUAGUAAUGGAUGGUCCUUCAACCGAGCAAAGGAACAUUUUUGUGAUGCCCCCAACUGGAGACAACAUGAGUUUGGCUACUGAAGAUAAUUUCUGGGCAGCAUUUUGAAGCCUUUUAAUUAUGCUAUAUUGCUGAAGUUUAUGUCCUUUGUGUCUUUUGUGUAAUGGAGAAUUUAUGGGCAACCAAAAUUUGUGUCUUUUGUGCACUAGAGAAUUCUUAGGCAGCUGAAGUUUGUGUCUAGUGCGUUGCAGAAUUUUUGUGGAGCUUUUAAUUAUGUUUGCACUUUUGUAGUACCACAGAUUAGUUAACAUAGCUUUUGUUAUUUAUGACAGGUUUUAUUGUGGUGAUGAACCAUAUUUGGGCAUGAUUUGUUUUUGUUCAUGCACUCUGUACAAGUGCUAUGUUAAGCUAUGAAACAAUGCUAAGUUUAUAAGAAAGGAUAUAAAAGUUU